GCAAAAUGAAGUCCUCCGAUAUCCCAUCACCGCUAGGGCGCAUCAUUCACCGCCCCGGCCUCCGGGCUUGAUCAGAUUCGAUUCACAUAGCCAAGAUGGCGGAUGCUGAUUCGUGGGACGCAGAAAAUUUCCAGCCGGAGGAGCCUGUUACAAAGGCAGGGGUAACAUUACUGGACAGAUGGGAAGGCGAGGACGAGGAUGAAGACGUAAAGGAUAACUGGGAUGAUGAGGAGGAGGUGAAGGUCGUCAAAGAGAAUAAACCAGAAGUGAAAACAGAAGUGUCGCAAAAGAAAAAACUAAGUGAAAAAAUCAAAGAAAAAGAAAAGAAAAAACAAGCGAUAAAAGAUACGAUAGAGCUGUCGCCGGACGACGCAGCAGCAGAGAAACUCAGAGUGAAGGAGCUGCAGGAGGCUGCGGACCUGGAGCUGGCGAAUGAUGCGUUCGACGGAUGUGACCAGCGCGUUACAUGUGCCUUAACAGACGGAUGCGACCUGCACGUUAUAUCUCCCUUAACAGAUGGAGGCGACCUGCACGUUACAUCUCCCUUAACAGACGGAUGUGACCUGCGUGUUAUAUCUCCCUUAACAGACAGAUGUGACCUGCGUGUUAUAGCUCCCUUAACAGACAGAUGUGACCUGCGUGUUACAUCUCCCUUAACAGACAGAUGUGACCUUCGUGUUACAUCUCCCUUAACAGACAGAUGUGACCUGCACAUUACAUCUCCCUUAACAGACAGAUGUGACCUGCACAUUACAUCUCCCUUAACAGACAGAUGUGACCUUCGUGUUACAUCUCCCUUAACAGACAGAUGUGACCUGCGUGUUACAUCUCCCUUAACAGACAGAUGUGACCUGCGUGUUACAUCUCCCUUAACAGACAGAUGUGACCUGCGUGUUACAUCUCCCUUAAUAGACAGAUGUGACCUGCAUGUUACAUCUUCCUUAACAGACGGAUGUGACCAGCGCGUUACAUGUGCCUUAACAGACGGAUGCGACCUGCACGUUAUAUCUCCCUUAACAGACGGAUGUGACCUGCGUGUUAUAUCUCCCUUAACAGACAGAUGUGACCUGCGUGUUAUAGCUCCCUUAACAGACAGAUGUGACCUGCGUGUUACAUCUCCUUUAACAGACAGAUGUGACCUGCACAUUACAUCUCCCUUAACAGACAGAUGUGACCUGCACAUUACAUCUCCCUUAACAGACAGAUGUGACCUGCGUGUUACAUCUCCCUUAACAGACAGAUGUGACCUGCGUGUUACAUCUCCCUUAACAGACAGAUGUGACCUGCGUGUUACAUCUCCCUUAACAGACAGAUGUGACCUGCGUGUUACAUCUCCCUUAACAGACAGAUGUGACCUGCAUGUUACAUCUCCCUUAAUAGACGGAUGUGAGCUGCGUGUUACAUCUCCCUUUACAGACGGUUGUGACCUGCGUGUUAUAUCUCCCUUAACAGACAGAUGUGACCUGCGUGUUACAUCUCCCUUAACAGACAGAUGUGACCUGCGUGUUACAUCUCCCUUAACAGACAGAUGUGACCUGCAUGUUACAUCUCCCUUAAUAGACAGAUGUGACCUGCACGUUACAUCUCCCUUAACAGACGGAUGUGACCUGCCCGUUGCAUCUCCCUUAACAGACGGAUACGGAUGUGACCAGCGCGUUACAUUUGCCUUAACGGACGGAUGCGACCUGCACGUUAUAUCUCCCUUAACAGAUGGAGGCGACCUGCACGUUACAUCUCCCUUAACAGACGGAUGUGACCUGCCCGUUACAUCUCCCUUAACAGACGGAUGUGUCCCCAAUAGUGUCCCAGUAGUGUCUACUGUAACGGGGAUUGACACUCUGAGACCCUCUUCUAAAGACGACUUCACAGAGUUACAUAAGCUGCUGAAAGAGAAGAUCUCGCAGUAUGAGUCAUCUGUGCAUUAUUCCAACUUCCUGGAGUCGCUGUUCCGCGAUCUCUGUAUUUCAUUGGAAGUGGACGAUUUAAAGAAAAUCAGCACCUCGUUGACAGUGCUACUUAAUGAAAAACAGAAACAGGAGAAGCAAAACAAGGCCAAGAAGAAGAAGAAGAAUACGGUGAUGCCGGGCGGGGGGCUGAAGGCCAAGCUGAAGGACGACCUGGCGGACUACGGCGAAUUCGCCCAGGACUACGAGGACUUCAUGUGACAGCGGCGGUGCCCAGACCCCUCCGCUCGUUCCGCUUCUCUCCUGGGGGUGGGGGGGGACUCCCCUUCGCCCCGGCGUCUUGUGGGACCCCCCCCCCAUUCUGUCCAGUGCCAUCCUGGAAAUGACCCGAAAGAUGCGUGUCACCCUUUUACUAUACCGAAUCUGGGAAGGUUAGAACAUGCUUUAUGAGAACAUUGAACUCCCUGUGACUAUGGGACUGGGAAAGAACACACUCACUAAACAUACGCAGACUUGUUCUUCGUUAAGAAAGGUUAAAUGCUAAAAGUGACAAAACCGCAAUUUACAAGUUUGCGCUUUGAAAAUGGCUGCACCGGAGUGAAACCACAUGUCCACAAUAAGUAGGUGGCUUAAAGUGCAGCAUCCUUCAACUUCAGUUUUACUUCUGUUUCAGAGAAUAACAAAAUGGCCUGUGGUGAAAUGGUUAUAUAGUAUUACUGCAACUACCUGGAAAUUAUCUGGUGUGCUAUGCAAAUAAAAUCAGAAUAUCUAUCACUUGGGUAUUUUCACUUUUCUUGUGGAUGGAAUUUACAGCUUCCACAGAAAAGCCUCCUGCAUCUAUUCAAUAACUUAAUGGUUCCCCACACACAAGCCAGAGGAUCUUAGGUCUUUAUUGUGGAUGGUUAAUUUUCAGACGUCUUAAGCUGACAAUACAUUAAAAAAGUCAGGCGUGGAAUAGUUUUUAAAAUUGCCUAUGAAAUUGCUUCAUAAUUUAAUGGGCAGCCGCGGGAUGAAUCGUUAUCAUUUAGUAAAAUGUUAUGACAUCUUCAUGUGGCCAUCCUCUGGAAAUCUUGCAGGAUUGUUUUUCUUUUCUUUGUUUGGGGGGACAUCGCAGCUGGCAAUGCUUUGAAAGAAAAUUCAAAAAAAAAAAUUUGUGCAUGAGGAAAAUUGAUUUAUAAUCAUAAUCUGUCUACUACUAAUGCAAGCAUGAGGUUGGGUGUCUUAUCAGAACUGGUCUCUGCGACAUGGCUUGUGCAGGUUCGUGCAGACUGGGCGAGGAUUUGGCGGGAGUUCUGAACGGACACGAGUCCUCGUCAUGUCGGCUCUCACACAGUGUGGUGCAUUGUAGGUUUUCCCUUUUGUUAACAUUAAGCAAAAUUUGCUGUGAAUUAUGAGGCCUGGACAAUGACAAUGAGAACAACGAUGGCAUCAACAGCGUUUUUUAAGCAUCUAAUUUAAUAAAAUCACUGUUCAAAAGGA